AAACGACAGGGUUCCAGUAGUUCGGACUUCGGAGACCGCACACCAAGGAGGUGAAACGGUGCGUUUUGAAUGGUGGGCAAAGUCAUUAUUCAGCGCUGUCGCAUACCCAAAUCCCAAAUUUCAGUGAAGAAUUAUUGGCCAAAUACGAAGGCAGUAUGGAUUUCGAUUUCCAAAAGAAGCGGGUUCAACUUCUAAUCUUCAUGAUUGGAAUCGUCGCUCUUAGUAUCACUGCUGAUAAAUGUAGGCAACUAGUUGGGGAAGAUUCUUCAUCCCAGAGUGGGAAGUUUACCAUCUUUAAUUGCUUUGACAUGAGCACCGGAACCCUGGCAUGCACAGUGAAGGAGGGUGUGAAACUUUAUUUCUACAACAUCCGGUCUGCUCAUGUUGAGAGUGCGAGGAAUCUUGCAAUUGAGCGUGCAUUGCUUGAUGCGUUGGGACAGGGAAUGGCUGCUAAAGAUGCAGCAAAACAAGCACAGAAAGAAGGGGCAAAAGCUGCAAAGUUGGCAACCCGACAAGCAAAACGUAUUAUAGGUCCUAUUAUAUCAUCCGGCUGGGACUUCUUUGAAGCUCUUUAUUAUGGGGGUACCAUAACAGAAGGAUUUUUAAGGGGCACUGGAACUUUGGGUGGUGCCUAUGCUGGAGGGUUUCUUGGUGAGGCAAGGCUUGGACGCUUUGGCUAUCUUGUUGGAAGUCAUUUGGGCAGUUGGGUAGGAGGCAGGAUAGGGCUGAUGGUAUAUGAUGUGGUUAAUGGAGUACAUUACUUGCUUCAAGUUUUCCAAGCAGGAGAUAGCGAAGUUCAUGAAAAUUAUGAAAAAGUCGUAGUUUCUGAGGAUUCCCCUGUAUACGAAUCUUCUGAAUAUACGAACUCUGAGGCUUCUGAAGACUCCAAUGUCUAUGAAGCUCCACCUUAUGAAAGCUCUGAAUCGUAUGACAAUUCUGAAUUUCGGUAAUAUUUUAGGUCUUGAGUGGCUUAUCCCAAUCGGUUUCAUUCUUUGUAGGUGCAACAUUGCGAGAGCUAUAGUUCAGUGACAGUAGAAAAUAGUGUAUAAAUACAGAGUGACAGCAGCAUUGUUAUAAAUACUUGUGUUAAAUGUAUUUUAUUUGGGAAUUUAUCCAGGUAAGCAUCAUCACUUUAUUCCUGUAUUCCCCUGACACAUCAAUCUGAUCUCUUCAUGGGGCUAUGAAUAUAUUGGGAUUCGUAUCA